GAGUAAAGGGUUUGUAUUAACGUCAUAUAAAAAUUUGGGUUUUGUAUUGUGGUUGUAAUUACAUAGGAGCAAACCACGACUUUUAGUAUUUACAUUGAUGUGUUGUUUAAAUUUUACGAAAAUCGAUUACCGUUUCUUGGUACCGGUAUUGCAGUACGAGGAUUUGACGUUUGAUUACUUUACAGUAGUAGUUUAUCUUAUUUACGUCCCAUUUUGUUUGUUCUUAAAAUUUUCAAAUAACUUCACCACAUAGCUCUUGAAAGUGUUGGGUGACAAUGGCAGUCGGUAAAACUCCCGUUUCCGUUCUGCAGGAGCUGUUGAGUCGUCGGGGCACCACUCCUAAGUAUGAACUGGUGCAAAUUGAGGGCGCCAUUCAUGAACCGACGUUUCGAUACAGAGUCACCGUUGCAGAUAUUGUUGCAAUGGGAAUCGGAAGAUCAAAAAAAGAGGCAAAACAUGCAGCUGCAAAAGCAAUUCUCGACAAAAUUGUUGUCGAAGGUACUGAAGAUGGAAUUGGGAACAACUUGAUUCCAGAAAUGAAGAAUGAAAUUGUCUCCCCGUACGACGACAAGAUUCCCGGGAAUCCUAUUGGGAACUUGCAAGAAAUGUGCAUGUCACGUCGCUGGCCCCCGCCGAGCUACGAGCUCGUGAAUGAAGAAGGCCUGCCUCACGAAAGGCUUUUCACCAUUGCCUGCACGGUUUUCAAACAGAGAGAGCUAGGAACAGGGAAGUCCAAGAAGCUGGCGAAACGCCAGGCAGCUCAUAAAAUGCUGGAGAAACUGCAAGAUGUCCAGAGUGUUCCGUCGGCCAUGUCACCAGGUCUGGACGAUGACGACGAUGAGAUUGCCCAUAGUGUGCCCAAUGGUGUUUCCCGCUAUGCUGACUUAAAAGACAGUAAAAUCUCGACCAUGACGUCAACGCAAAGUCACAAAGUGUCGCAGUUCCAUAAGAACCUGAAGAUGUCAUCAGGGCCCAAACUGUCAGAGUUGCAGGCCACUGCCUUGAACAAUGUAGAGUUCAACUAUGUUCAGCUGCUACAGGAGAUAGCCACUGAGCAAGAUUUUGAAGUGACCUACGUGGAUAUAGAAGAGAAGUCCAUCAAAGGGAAGUCCCAGUGUCUGGUGCAGUUGUCGACCCUGCCAGUGGCGGUGUGCUACGGCACCGGUAGCAACUCCAAGGAGGCCCAGUCGGCUGCGGCCCAGAAUGCCUUGGAGUACCUCAAGAUAAUGACAAAGAAAUAAGGUCCCGUGGAACCGUUGGGGAGAAUAGCGUGUAUGUUUUGUCGUGGAGAAUAUUGCCAAAAGGAAUUAAUUCAAAUUUCAGAACGUUUGCUUUGGUGUACUUUUCCAAAAACACUUCAGCCUUAGUCUGAAGAUGGGGUUUAUUUUGUGUGGUAAAUUUUGCAUUUGACAUUUUAGUGGAAUUUUUGAAUCUCCAUGGCAGAGUUUAUACUUGUUCUCUUUGAGUGUUCCAUUUUUUCUGAUCUGUCAAAUAUGAUUGGCAAUCAUCCUGCGUGUUAUGAUGCUAUACCUUGCAUGGCUACGUAAGGUUGAAAGUCCGGUCGGGCUGUCCUGACCAGUAAAUGCAUUUCCACUCCUAGUACAGCCUCCAAAAAUAUUGUUUGCUUUAAUUGCAUUUUUUUUUUACACCUGGACGUAGCAAUGUUCCUUGAAUAUCUUUUUAUCUGCCUCUUAGGCACGAUCUCGAAAACACUCCUGUUAGCCACGUAGUGAUUCGAUCCACUCAUUCUUUUUGCUGCGGUCAGUCAAACUUCAAUUAUACGUCACCUGUUUUGUACAGGCAACUCUGUCAUUACAUCAAAUAUCAGGCACUCAAAUCUCCACAGUAGAAGUUUUACUGAUUAGUUCAAACAACUAAGAUGUACUGACAGAUUUUAGAGAGCCAUAUAGGUGUCUAUAAAAUCAAAGUUUGGCUGAAUUUGAUCAAUUUAGAACCGAAAGUAAGAUAUAAGAUAUGUAGAGAACAAUAUGUGCUGAAUGAUGGCUACAAUUGCAUUGGUUAUUAUUUAAUGUUGAUUUGUAGAUAAGUAAUACACAAGAGGGUCUCUUCCCGACUCCUGUACUCCCCCCCCUUUUCCCCCCUUUCCCCCCCUUUCCCAUCAUUAACAUUACAACUGGCUGACAUGUGCUAGCCUAGCUUCUCGCUUGUAGUUAAUAUGUUCAGUGUUCAGCAACGAACGUAUUUCCGUAAGAUAGUUUGUUCAAUACACCAUUUUUUAUUCUUUAUUAUCUUAGUUGUUAGAUUUGUUUAAUAUGAAUAACCAAUCUAACUAUAAACCUAAUUGUGGAUAAAAAAAAACUACUGGUGUUUGGUAUCACAUUUUUCCUAAAUGCAAAGGUAUUUGGAAGUUUGCAUUCCUAUCUGUAAUUGAUAAAAACCAUUUUAAUCCCAGUAAAAUGCUGGGGUCUGUUCUGAACAGUUUUGCAAUGAUUACGAACGAAACUUGUGAAAUGAACUUUUGGGACUACGUUUAAGAAAAGUCUUGCGCACAGUGCUGUUUCAUCUUUGCCCAUUGCAAACUGGCUGGCGAAAUAUUUUUUUGGGUUCGUACCCCAUCACUAGCAUUAUCGAUUGCAUUCUUACCAGCCAAAUUUCAGAAAUGUUACAAAGUACAAGUUUAAGACAGUAUUAUUAGAGUAUUAGGUAUGGAAUUGUUAUAUUGAUUCAUUUAUUGAAAGUGUUUAACCGCAAAGAUAAGACUUUCAUGACAUUAAUUUCUUUGUAUUAUUUAUUAUUAAAUGAGUGAUUUAUUGAAUUAUUUAAUUUAUAUAUGAAUUUAAUAAAUAAUGAAAUAAUUUAAUUUACUUCUUUGAUUGAUUAGCAGUAACCGAAGUAAUAAAUAGCAUUGAGGAAAUUUCUUUCUUAGUAGGACUUAAACAAGAAAUAGUUGCUAAUAGGGAUCACCUAGCUUAAGAGUAAAUUAUUUAAUAAUAUUGAAAGAACAAUUUUUUUUCUUAGGCAUGGUUUUUAUGUUUACGAUAAUUAUUUUAUGUAAUUGAAAUACCUGGCGUGUGUGUGUAGACUAGGAAUUAUAGUUUAUGUUAUUUAUACAAAUGUCUCCGAAAUCUUCAUAAAACAAAGAUAUGAGCAGCUCUAGCUUUAUCAAAAUAUGUAUUCAUAAAAUGAUGAAACCUGAAUUAUAAAAUAUAAAACAAACCAUAUAAGAAUUUUUUUUGUGGUUGCCACAUUAUAAAUUUUUAUUAUGUAUUUAUUAUUUAUUUAACUUAGGCUAAUUCAGGAUAUUUUUUCUUUAUUAUGAUUGCUGUCAGGCUUAAAAACCAUAUUUUUAGUGUUCUGUCUGAAAGAGCUAGACUCCUGAAGCUGAAGGGCUCACACAAGUUACUGUACCGGGUCACCUUUAUGUGCAGAGCACAAUUUAUUCUUAGGUCAAAAAUGAAUUGAAAUGAAUACUUAUAUAGAGGCAUUGAAAGGCUCUUUUUUUUUUAGUUUCAUGUUUUUAAGUUUAAAUGACUUGUUUUCUUGUAAAGCUCUGCAAACAGUUUGGCAGGCAGGAAGCCACCAUGUUAUGUAAUUCUUAAUUAUUAUGCGCUGCAGUUUGUAGUGUCCCAUAGUUUUGCUAUCCUAACAUGAAACUAGUUUUAAAAUUAUGUUAAACGAGAGUUACGUUAUGGGUGUACGUUCACUUCCAGUCCUGCCAAUGUCCCAGCCCUUCCAGUUGUCACAUGCUUGUAGCCAAUGAAUACACAGCAUGUGGGAAUGUCCUACCUAAUACACUUAACCUACCUUGAGUGACAGACAUCUACAUUUGUUAGGAGGAGGAGUACAUGCGUUCCUUUAUAUUUUAGUUUUAGUAUUUCAAAACAAUUUUUUUUUUUGAGGUAAUAAAAGACUUCUGAGCUUCAUAAAAUGUGUCAUUGUGAACAUAUUUUUGAUAUUUGGUUUUGUCUCCUAAUGGGAAUGUGUUUCCUGAGCAGGACGGCCCAUGUGCAGAAGCUGUCUUUUCUGUUGAGACAAAUGGUGUCAAUAUGUACAAGCUAUACUUUGCAUAGAAUUAGUGGAAUUUUUCCCAAAUGUUUCUUGUAUUGAACACAAUGUAAGUGGGUGAGUUUCCUGUCCGUGAGUUUUGUUUGUAGUGUAGUGUGUCUUCAGUGUGUAGAUUAUAUAAUAGUGGCGUUGGCCGUGGGCCUUGUAGCCACCGGCAGGAGAGCGUGCCUCCCCUGAUAUGAACAACUUCUAGGAAAAUAGGCAUUAUUUUGAUGCAAAGUAUAGAGGUUGUAAUCUACGAGAAAUCAGAGGAAGUUGUUGACGUGGUAAUGUACACGAGUUGGGUACGUUAAUUCGGUACUCCCAUUGUGAUGGGUGUCACAAUCUGAUUGAAGCUUUGGGAAUGGAAUAACUUUUUUGUUUUGGCGUUAUAAACGUCAUUCGGUAUUGUGUGAAUGUGUACAUUUGAUCAAAUGAAUUAUGUAUGAUGUUUGUAGAGCAUUUUCAAGCAAUUUUUCUGGUAUUAUUCUGUGGAAUAAUGUACCACUAUUUAAUGCACUAUAGAAACUAGAAUUUACAAAGUUUUAAGCUUUAUUAGUAACAACUAGUUUGCACCAGUACUUUAUUUCACUGUCAAGUCAGUUAUCUUGUGGUAUGCAUGAAUCAAUCAUAACUUUGUUACUAAUCGAACUAAUGAAAUGUUUUUAUAUGUAGAUGAAAUAUUAGCUUUCGUAGGUGUCUGACAUCUUUCAAGUCUAGUUUUUAACUAACAGGUUGCAGCUUGUAACUUAUAGGAAAAGAUAACAUAUUUCAUGAGGGAAAUCACAUUUACUUGUUCUUUGUGGGGAACAUAGAUUUUGAAAAGUGUCGAAAAUGAUUCCCAUGGCUUUUUCCUGUUGGUAGCUGAAAUGUAAUCUGGGAUGUGUUGUGCAAGUGGUUUGUGUUGCAGAGAGGGAAGAGAUUGGCUGAUUCGGUGUGUAAAUUCCCAGUGGUGGGUUGGACGAAUGGCAUCAUCAUGAUGGUGCCACAUGUUACUUGAUUUAACCCUGACAAAUCCAAACGCUGAUUUUGAAAAAAAAUUGGCUUUUGGGCUAAAGAUUGUACGUACAUAAGUACAUGUCCUGCUGUAAGUUCUAGCUUGAUAUUUUUAAAAAAAUCUGCUUGGUAGAGACAUUGGUUCCCCUAUAACAUCACUGCAGUUACUCUGUAAAUGUUGAAAUUCUGUUAUGGAAUUCUGUGCCAUCAGUUUUUAUAGUUGCAUUCACUGAUUAUUGUACAUGUCUGUAUUUUGAGUUGAAUAAAGUUUUCAAACUUUUUGCUGGUA